AUGAGGAAACAAUAUAGGUGGCAAACAAUCUCCGUCAUUCUACUUCUAGUACUACUGUUGUCAUUAAUUGCUACAGCGAAGGGUAUGCAAGAUUCCUUUUUGUUUUCGUAGCGGAUAUUUCACUCAAAUUAACGCUUGUAAUGAAUUGUAAUAACUCCCGUGAUAUUCUCGAAUCUGCAGCUUUAUCAAACAGUACAAAGAACUUACAGGGUCCCAUCGAAUCCUGUGCGCAGAGCCCGAUUCGCCAAAACGUAACUCUUCGUGGUGGAAUUAACGCAGGAAGUUUUAAGAAAUUGGCUCAGUUUGUUGCAAUGCAACUUUGUAUUCGCUUGUGCUGCGAGGAAAAGGGUUGCGACGUCGCGCUCAUGUCCGGCAAAAACUGCUACGGGGUACAAUGCUUCAGUGAAGAAUUGUGUACUGCUGUACUAGCGAAGAAAGCGCCAUCUUCGUUGAUGAUUUCUCAUGUCACAAUAAAAGGAGAGGAAGGUAGGUGCAAGAUACAGAGACAUUUUUUUUUUUCAAUCGCGAGUAAAGUAUUCAAUGAAAUGAUGCAGAAAUACAUCGCUUUGAAACAAGUCGUCGCACAAGACGCUACAAGUUACUAAAAAUUGGAAACCCACUGCCUUGGUUUGGUACCAUGAAUCUCAUAAACAAAAGAGCGUAUUUUUUAAAGACGAUGCGUCCUUUGGCUCACGCGACUCAGCGUUGAAUGACGGGCGAUGCCUUGUAAAAUACGUUUGAAAUUUUGAUGAAUUUUUGACCAAUUGAUCAGCCCCGCGUCAAUACUACGUGAUCACCAGGGAUUUUGUAAUUCUGAGUUUUGAUUCGUAUCCCGCGGGCGAAGGCGUCUCUCACCAUUAGGCUUGGAGCACUAAUCGAAAUCCGUAAGUUUAAUGGAGCAGCAAAAGUAGCAUGCCUUCCCUUUUAGAUAGCGGCGUUUAUUCUUGUUUGCUCUUCAGAGUUGUCCGUCCUUAUAUUGACCCUUCUACUCGUUCUCGAGCACGCUAAGCACUUUUAUACCUUGUUAGACCUUACAAUUUAAUUUAACUUUAGCUUUGAGAAAGUUUGCCCAAUUUCGUUAGCUUAAUAGUUUUAUUGCUUUCAUGUCAAAUUUUGAUCUGAAAAAUUAGUUCACGGCGAACUGCAAAUUUAAACAUAAUCGUUGAAAUAAUUGUCUAUACAGACGGAGAUUCUCGAAAUUUAAGAUCAUAGUUUUUCCAGUUCAAGGUUUUUUUUUUUUUUUUUUAAAUCAAAGUUCGCCUUUUAUCUCAUUCUUAGCGGUUGAUGAAGUUGAACGAAAAAGUCUGAAUGUCGGAGUGAAAAAGGAAUUUUUCUCCAUGGCUGAAAUCAUUACCUUGUUGUCUUAGCUGAGCCCCAGGUGUCCAUGUGUAUCUCAUUUGUAGGUAACAGUCGUAGAAUUCACCCUGUUCCGCAGAAUCUGAAGUGUGCAGAAAGCAAAGCAGAGGACGGCGUGACCUUAAAAGGUGGAAUUUCUGCUGGAAACUUCACGGAUGUAGGAACUGUGGAAAGCGUGGAUUCCUGUACGCGACUUUGUUGUGUUUCAGAAAAGUGCGACCUAGCUCUAAUCAUAAAAGGGCAUUGUUUCUUAGUAUCUUGUUUUACUAAAGAACUAUGUAAGACAGUGAAAUCUGAGACUAAGAAUUAUCAGCCUACUGUGGCAUUUGUGCGAAAAUGGGUCACAAAUGUCACCGAGGACACAGGUAUGUAGGUUUGCUUAGAUCUUUAGUUACAGCACAUGAUUACAAGUCGCGUAAAGAGAACUAGCAAAAUAAUGAACGAAAAGUGAAAUUGCUGAAAGGAGCCUGCAAGUGUCAUAGCUAUCGAUUCCAGAUCACGUGCUUGUCGCGACAAUUUUGUGCCCAGCUAUGUUUCAUAUUUCUGCAGACACUGAGUUGUUAAGGCCGUGCGACUGAUUUAUCGUAUGUCAUUAUUUUGAGUAAAUCAGCUUUCUGAAUCCAAAUCUUCUUUCUGAUUAAACAAAUUACUAUAAAGAUUUCAACUUUUAAUGUAAGGCCUAAGUAGGAAAAUGAUAGAUCAUAUCUUUUGGAUCUUGAAUGAGGACUAAAUUAUCAAUUAUCAUCAAGUAAUUCACAAUAUGCGUCAAUUUUUUCCUAUCUUUGGCCUAAUCUUUUUACAACACAUUCUUCUUUACAGCUAUAACUUUGAGCAACCUUCCAGCUACAAACUCAAAACUUAUGUGCAAAAACAGUGAUAUAAAAUACAACUCGACACUAAAAGGUGGAAUAAAGGCUGGUAACUUCACAGAUUUGGGUAAAAUAUCCGAGAUAUCGACAUGCAUUCGUAUGUGUUGCGGUAGGAAGGAUUGCGACGUGGCACUGAUGUUAGAGGCGAACUGUUACGCGGUAAAUUGUUACAACGAGGAUCUCUGUCAGCCUGUACUUGCGCGCAAGUCUGGUUUACUGACCAACCUGAGUCCGAGGUUAUCAUACAUAACAAGUCGAGAUGAGGAAGGUAUGUCAUACAUUGUGAAAAUUUCAAUUUAUAAAAAGAUGUUUUUACAUCAUAUCACAUGCGUGAGACAAAGUUCUGAAUCCCAUGAGGAAUCAAAGUGAAUUCAGAUCAUUUUGAAAAAAUUAGUUGAAAAUAACUUCAUUAUUUUCACGUCACAAUGUGCAGUCAAAAUAAUCGGAUAACUUACAACUAUACAGAAGUUGUUCAAAACCAGUGUUUCCCACUUUCUUUUGUACAGCUCUCCCACAAGAAAUAGCCAUUGGUAACGGCAUGUAUUGCAGACCUAGCGUUGUAUCAUAUGACGUUACACUCCGCGGUGGACUUUCCGCGGGAAAAUUCACUCCAAUUGGUCACGUGGACAGUAUGGAAGCAUGUGUUCAUUUGUGUUGUAAGAGAAAUACUUGUGAUAUCGCCCUGAUGUUAAGGGACUCUUGUUAUGCUAUCACGUGUGCCAGCGAAGAACUCUGCGAAGAGGUGCCAGCUCCUUCUUCUGAUUUUUACCCCAGACUUUCCUACGUUAGAAGAGAUAUUGGGAGUCAGAACAAGAAAGGUGAGAAAAAUCGAUGUAAAACUAGAAUACAAUGAACUUCAACUGGGUACAACAAUUAAAACUGAUGUAAGGGUAAUACUUACUAAUUGGCUUCUUGUAUGUCAGGGAACAUUUUCUUUUAUUUCAGGGGACAUUUAUCUGCGAUAGCCAUGGUAAACACGAGGCAAAAACGGCAACAAAAACACUAAAAACUAUUUGAAGCAUUUAGUUGUCACUGGUCGUCAUUCAAGGAUGUUCCAAAAUGUCAAUAAGCUCUUAUAAAUGUACCGUUCUUUCGCUCCAAAACACUAUUUAUUAUUUACAGCUGUGUUUAGUUCGUAAAUAGCAGGUAGUUCAUCGAGGCCUAUGGAACUGUAAGCAUUUAUAUGAUUUGCUUCACAAUAAAAUGGCGAAAGUGGGUUGUGCCUAACUAUGAUUUCAUUUCCUCCCAGAACAUACUCAGACCAAGACUGAGACAAUACAUCAAGCUAAUAACACCCAAGAUCGAGAGGACCUAGAUACUAAGGAAGAGGGCUACUGCACAAACAGUGAGGAGAUGACAAACGUCACUCUGCGAGGCGGGAUUUCUACUGGACAUUUUCGGGAUCGGGGAAAGGUCCCAAACAUGAGAGCUUGUGUUGAAAUAUGCUGCAUCUCAAAAAGCUGCGAUGUCGCAUUUAUGUUGAAAAACAACUGCUUUUCAGUCAUGUGUUUUAACGAGAAACUGUGCGAGGCUGUGCGGGCGCGGUCAUCGAUUUACGCCCCCAGAAUUGUUUAUAUUUACGCCAGGACAAAGAGCAAUUUACUUGCUCCACAAAGCGUCAGAAAACGUCGAAGUGAGCAUUUAAAUAAAAAUACUUUUCGUGAGCAGUUAUCCGACGUGCCUAUAUCGGAUACAAGGCGUAAACUUGACCGAGACAGAUACAAGCGCCAAAUGCACAGAAAGGUAGACAGUAGAAAUACGUAAUGUUAUAUGUACCAUCGGUUUGAUUGGCUCCGAGUACCAUAAUAAGAGUUUGUAUUUUAGCUUUCAUCUGAAAGAGACGUACUGUCCUGUUCCAGGCGUUCAGUCUGUGAAACUGAGGAAAGUUGUAACCGGCACGAUAGUCGCGAUGGAGUGGAAGGAGCGUGAGGCUUGGAUCGCGUAAAGGAAGGAGGCUACUCCACCCAAACCUACCUCCCUCCCUUACAUAACCCGACCCAAGCCUUUAGCUUUGUUCGUUCCGGCGCUCCUAUCGGGCCGUUUACUAUUUUGCUCCAUUUCACCGACUUAACGCCUGUAAUAGGCUAGAGACGUACACACACCAAAGGUUUGCUGUGAAAUCAGAAAACUGCGAACACUUUUAUUUGAUUAGUCAAUUUUGUACUGACCAACUACAAAAAUGUUUAGAAAAUGCAAGCUGACCUUAGAAACACCGGCAAACACUUUUUGACGUUUGCGAUUUAGUUCUCUGACGCCUAAUUGGCUUUUCCUUUGAAACAAACAAAAAUGUUGUAGAAAUUUCUGGUUUUCUGGGUCCUACAAGAAAACGCCAAAGCUACCUAUUCGCCUCAAGCAGGCAAAACUUAACAACAGUGGCGGAAUAGGGUGAAAUUGAAUUGUUACGAAUAAUAUUUCUAUAGUGGCAAACAAAGGAGGACAAACGCUUAAGCUAUGAAUUGUCACCGCAGACAUAACUUUGACAAGAGUAUAGCAUUUCUCAAUGCUGCACUAAGGCUUGAUAUUAACAAACUUGCCAGGUGUUGGCCACUAAUCAAUCAAGGCAACCUUCGAUAAUAAGAUUCGUCAAUAUCACUCUCCAAGAUCAGCCAAUUGCUGUACUAUUAGACUUACCUUUGUCAUUUCCAAUAUCAUUAUAGUUAUCAUUAUCAUCAUUACAAUCAUAAUUAUUAUCAUUAUCACUGUGAAUAUUAUUAUAAUCGUUAUCAUUAUAAUUAUGAUAAAGCAAUAGAUUUUACGUGCGAGAGAAUGACUCAGACUAAUUUAGAGUCAUGUAGCCGUCAGGCGAAAAUUAAGAUGACCUCUGAAUAGCGCCUAAAACAUAUUAUACCCAAGAAUAGACUAUAUUUUUAAAUGAUCCGGUCCACUUAAAGUUUUUGAGUAAAUAGCUGUAAAAAAUCCAGACCUAUGCUUCAGUGCCAUGUGAAAAAUACCUCUACUGAUAUAGCGAUUUCAAGCGUGUAAAUUACGUUAUCGCUAGACGAUAGUUUUAUGUAGAAAAUCAACCUGUUUCAAUCAGUCAAACUUCAUGACUGAUAUAACAAGAAGGUUCUUUCCUUUCUUUUUUGUUAUUUACUUUUUUACAUACAAGUAAACUUACUGCUUUACAAACGAUUCUGAUUUUAAAAACAUGUAGGGGUCUCACUGCUAUAGUGAAGAAAAAGUAAUCAAUUCAAUAGAUUUCCGAAUUUACCAAGCAAUCUUAGAAUAAUUGGAGUCGAGGCACAGUAAAGUACUACGACGUGUACCGACGACGACGUUUACUGCAAAAACCGCGGGUUCAAUCAAUUCGAAAUGUCUGUUAAGAACAGACCGAUUGAUUGAUUGAUUGACUAACAUUUUGCCUAUUAUACACAUUUCCACAUUUACUGUUUUUCCUUCCACAAACCUAUGGUGGUAGCGGGACAUAUGCAAGAAUAAAAAAAUUUACUGCAUUUAACCCUUUUUUUCCAUGGCCAGUUUAACUCUUUGGUAUAAUUUUUCUAAUAUAAGUUUGUACAGAUACGAGGGGUUUUUUUAAUGUUUAAAUGAAAGAAAUAAAUAAAAAUGUCUUGGGAAUUAUGUGCUCUGUGUUACAUAAAUAUGCAUACGAAAUUCUUUAAAGAAGCGCCGUUAGUGUUUUUUUGUUCUCAUGUAUCGCUUGUAAUUUUAUCUCUUUUCCUUUUUUCUCUUCUCUUUCCAUACACUUCAAUAUUGAGGAUGUUAAUCCUGUUUGAAAGCAACCAGUCAGUUAUUUCCAUUUGCUCUCUCAGAAAUGAUAAACCUACUUGAAGACACUGCUUACCAUUGAAGUAAGCACCGAAUCCUGAGAGUUAGAAAAAACUCUUUUGGAAAGCAUGAACUGUUCGAGUUUUGAAAAAACUGAAUUCUUACGUACAUUCAUUACAUACAUCGUCAUUUCAUCACGUGUACAAUUUGUUCGCAAACCUUGCAAGUUUUAAACUUCGCUCGGUCGUCGAAGGUUGGGAAUUAAUAAAUUAAUGAUAGGUACUCUGUACCUUUAUCAUCUCGUUUUAAGUUGAAUCUCAACAUGAUGUAUAAAUGGCCUUUAAGUUUCAUGACUAAAAUCGUUUUCUUCCUCUUUUGUUAUACGUUCACGGUGUUGUUUAGACAAAGUAGCUUGGUCGGUUAGAAAACGCGCGAGGCCGAUUUAAACAACGCCUAUAGAUGAGAAGACUACAGUAUAUUGGAUGAACGCUAACUUAAGCAAUAGGGCUUUAUCAGACACAUCGAAACAGCUUUUCGAUUGUUACACAGUCAUCCUAUCCUGAUCAUCAUACAGCAUUUCUAAUCGAUAGAAAGACUCCUGUCUUAUUCGCCUUAUACAACGCCCACCUGUAUCACCUGCCAUCAGCUUUGUCUCGCACUGCAGGUUAUUCACAGCAACACGCCCUGCGCAUUCAAAAGGCUUUGUUUGCCAUGGUAACAAAAACAGGGAAUGGUUCGUGAUAGAGUCACCGGUCUGAUGAACUUUAUGUUUAUUACAAAAGGAAAAUUCAAGGUGGAUAUGGGCUUUUGUUGCAUACAAAAUGAGCUGAAACACGUGGAAUAAGAAAUUUUUCGCAACGCCUCGCCCAGUACGUUUCGCAUCAGAGCAAAGAUCUAUCACUAGGAAAAAUCUAUAUAUCUCUGAAAUUCCGAUUAAUGUUUGUCUGUCAAAGUUAUGGGCUUUGGAAAACUGCCGCUGCCUAUAUCGCUUGUUUUGCUUUUCAAGUUUUCUUAUGCUUCAACUGGUAAGUUCAUGUUCAAAUUCGCUAAACAAAAUUCAGCUCGACAAUAAUAUUGCUCCAAAAUUUCGCUUGUUUUCUUCACGUUAAAUUACCUCUAAUUCCCUAUCUAUAGGGUAGACAGACCGUGGACCUUAUUUGAUGUAAUUAGUUAAUGAAUAAGAAAGAAAAAUAUGCAGAGAUCGCUAUAAAUACAACUUUGUGCAAUAUGGAAAGGACUUUACUCUAGACACUAACCCAGCCAAGAGUUUCGUUGCACAUUUUAAAUAGAAAAGAGAAAAGUAAUAUUUCGCGAUAUAUUCCCCCUCGGGGAAAUGUUUUCACCAGUCAAGCUAAGUAGAAGGAAUAUUAACAUAGUUAUGUAUCUCUCUCAAUCGUAUUUAUAAUUACUAAUUGAAAUGUCUAGAUUUGUUGUUAUCACGAAUAAUUGGAAACUUCUCAAAUGUCGUUUUGUGCCCUUGACUUAGGAAAACUAAACUUUGGCUGUAUAAGUAGGCAAAAUUAUUUGCGACAUCUUACAUGUAUUGAAAACUUUUCAGUCCUUGCGACCCGCGCAAUGUGGAGGAAACUUGAUAAACUAGAAUUAAAUUUUGGCCAAGCAGUAAAUUAGAGUUUUCAUUACUUUUUAUCGACUGUAAAAAAAAUUAUUAUCAUUGUUAUUAAUAAAAUUAUCAUCAUAACUAUCAUUAAUAUUAUGAUUAUCAUUUUCUAUUAAUUUUAGAGGAAAGCCUUGUAUCAGAAAUAACCAAUGUCAAACCUCUGAAAUGCCCGCACGGGCCGAUACUUUCUAAUGUCACUCUUCGACAUGAGCUGCGUGCCGGGAAAUUCUCGCGACUUGGCAAAGCUGAAGACAUGGAGACCUGUAUCCAGAUGUGCUGUGACAAGGAUGACUGUGAGAUGGCUUUUAUGCCUGGAAAUCACUGCUAUGGUGUUGACUGUUUUAGUAAGAAACACUGUGAGAUUACUACUGUAAAGCCUAGCAAUGUUACAGUCAAGAUUGCAGCCGUGCGACCGAUUGCUGUAAACCCGGCAAAGGAUCAAAUUGCAGGUUAGUGCCGUAGAUUUUUUGUUUCAAAUAUGCUGUGUGCAGAUUUAUUUUAUUUCAAAUGUAACAAAAAGUAGAUGUUUAAGAAGCUCCGUAUUUCCUGGAUCUUAUACUUAAAUAUUAGCACCUACGAGAUCAACUUUGACUGAGUUUCAAAAUGAGCAGUAGCUUUAGGAUUCUUUUGCAUUUGGUUACGACUUCGCAACUAUGCUGUAAUAUUUGCAUAUAUAUAUUGCUCAGUUCCAAAGCAAGUUGGACAUUUUUUACUUCUGCGUUAAUUAAAUCUCUGCUGAAACGAAGCUGAAUCGAUUCUGUUUCGUACAACGCUUGACGCAACGAAUUAGAAAGCGUCAAGAAGCAUUCCCUGCGUUCGUUUACCUUCCCUUCCGCUAAAAAAACAUACAUUUAAAGAAAACUUAAUUUAAGGAGUUUCUGUAACGUUUCCUUUUGUAAAAUAGCAUUCCUUUCAAACCAAAUAGCUUCAAUAUCAACCAAUUUAUGCCUCAGAACAAGGGGGGGGGGGGUGGGGGGGAAGUGACAUGAAAGUGAAACCACUUUCUCAUUUUGAUUGCGGGCCCACAUUUCAGUUUCAGUGGAAGAUCCGUCGACUCAGGAGGAACUUCAUUGUACCCAGAGUCCAAUUUUAAAGAAUGUGACUCUAAGAGGUGGAAUAAAAGCCGGAAAUUUCAGCGACCUUGGUGACGAGAAGAACAUGCACAUGUGCAUUGCACUCUGCUGCGAGCGUAAGACUUGCGACCUGGCCUUCAUGAUAGGAGGAACAUGUAUAGCAGUAGACUGUUUCAGUGAGGAGCUCUGUCAGGCAGUCAAGGCGAGGCCCACGAAAUAUGACCCGCAAAUAGCCUUCAUCAGGCGUAGAGAGCUUCAGAGGCCAGCGAGAAAAGGUAACAUUGAUUACUCUACAUUUUAAUUACAUUUACAAAAGAGUACUUUUCGGCAUUUAGCAGUAUUCAAAAAGUUAUCAGAUACAGGUAUAAAGAGAAGAAAGUUGGAUUCGAGUGUCAGUAAAAAAUAUCUAGGAGUUGGCUCACAGGUUAAAGGUUAUGAUACAUUAACAACGCUUGUCGACUAAGCAUUUUACACUUGGGACUAGAAUCUCAUAACUUCCACCAUGAGAAAUAUGUGAAUUAGUGAGGAGAUUUACACCUUGAGCAUAGCCAUCACUUAUUCCACUUCUUUCCACAGCAAACGUCCUCCCAACAGCACCAAGUUCAGAAAUACCAACCAUGAAAAUACAUGAGAUUAUCAGCGACAAGUUGCCUCACCCAACCAUACUAAAAACUAGCACGUGCUCGGCUAGCAAAAUCUACCCAAACGUCACUUUGCUCGGAGGAAUUAAAUCCGGAAACUUUACAUCACUGGGAAAGACUAAAAACAUGCAGGAGUGCAUUGGAAAAACGUGCGAACUGGGGAGUGGUGAUUUAGCCUUCAUGCUGGGAAGCUACUGUUACUCAGUUACAUGCUCAAGUGGUAGAGUUUGUCAGACAAUUCCCGCUCAGCCUUCCAAGUUCUACCCCAGAAUAGCGUUCUUAAAGUGGGCGCCAAAAAUAAACGAAACAGGUAUCGCAGUGUUAAAUUUGUACUUACUCUUUUUCAGUGUUCAGUGCUAUACAACUGAGUUUCCACAGCAACCCAGGAUUUCUUUGUUUUGCUCUGUGAGUGGUCUUCCAAACUCGCAAUGUUUAAAACAAUCAAAUGCGAAACUCAGACAAAUCGUAACCUAGUCACUACCUAUAAUGGAAUAGAUAUCGAGUAGUUUAAACAAUCAGACCGACACAUUUUUGAUAACGCGCCGGUAGAUUUAUACCAACUGGUGCGUUCUUACUAGGAAAGAUGGGAGUUCUGAAAGCCUUAGCCAUUUCACUGAUAUAUUAUAUAAAAAUGAAGUGCUUUAGAGUGAGAGUACCGAAAAUGAUAUCAGCUUUAUCGCGUUCAUUCUCGACGAGAAGAUGCAUAAUACCAAAAUCGACACGACUUUGAAAUAUUUUUUGUACACUGGAAGCAUCCUGUGUGCAUGUUUACGAGUGCGAUACGAAUCAAAUUCUAGCCUUUUAGGCGGACUGAUGGAAAAAAGUAAGCCGUUUGACCCUUGUGGGGUAAAAAUUGACAACGGAUGGGAGGCUCUUAAUAACUCUGAAACUAAGUAAAUUAAUCGAUGCUGACUAUUCUAAGCGUUAUUCUAUCGCAGAAUUGCUCGAGGACGAAGGUGCUGACUAUACAGCCAUUCCUAAAUGUACUCGUAGCCACAUCUUGUACAACCACACUUUAUUAGGAGGUCUUAGAGCUGGAAACUUUACGCACAUAGCCGAAGUGGAUAGCAUCGAGACAUGCGCGGCUCUUUGUUGUGCUGAGCAGACAUGUGACCUGGCCUUGGUUUUAGGAGAAAACUGUUACGCUGGAGACUGCGCAAGUAAAGAGCUUUGUGUACCUGUACCAGUUCAUCCUACAGCCAAUAAAGGAUCGCAGAUUGCGUAUAUCACCUCGAGGAAAAAGGUCGAAGAACCAGGCACAGGUCAGUUAACUAAAAAGAAACUAAACCUUUGUCCUGAUUUUAAAAGGCUUUGUCUACGAUUUCAUUCUCGAUACAACUUUUUCUUGAUAGUUGCAUCGCGAUAGCGGCAUAUUCUCACUUAACGAUACACAAAUCCAAGCUGACCUCCUCGUGUAUUAUACCUCGUGUAUUAUAAAAAAAAGCACCUUACAUGAAACCCUUCCAGCAAGUGAUUUGCUACAAAGGCGUUAAUAACGAAACAAAAACUAAUCUGAGAAAUUUUGUUUGCAUAUCUUGAAGACUGGAGUUUGUGGUACAUCAUAGUUGGCUCUAUCGCUAUUGGUAUCGGCAUAACUGGAAUUAUGUGGACCCUCUGUACCUGUUGGCAUCGGUAAGUAAAUUGGCAGCAGUGACAUGUUACAAACUAAAUUCGUCAGGGAGGCGACAUUAAUACAAUAUUAACCCUUUACACCCUAACGUUAGUUUGCAUAUUUUCCACUCUCUCUCUAAACAUUUCCUAAGUGCGGCAAGGAGAAUUUAACCGUCAAGAGCUUUUAUGGAUAGUGAUAUUUUCUGCUAUUCUAGCAGAAUGUUCUUUAGAUAGUUAUCUUAUCAAAGUUUAUCUUCCUGCGUUAAAUACAUCUGCAAUUUCCCUCAGAAUCCUUUUCAUGUUUUUCACUUCCAUUGUCAUGAAGAGUCAUUUCCGUUCUCAAAGUUUUUAUUUGUAACAACUUAUGUGUCUUUGGUUUAGUGGAAGACGACUGCGAUCGAAAGACGAACCAAGUGACAGAUUUACCAUGAUGAACGAAUGCGGUGAUUCACCUCAAGGACUAGAAAUGUUACCACAGGGCUGGAAUCUACAAAAGUUUGGCCAACAAUACAAUAACUUCGGUAAAUAACGAGAGUGGUACUUUUCUUUCUUUAACUUUGGCGUGUAGACAGGACCUAGAUUCUUCAAUCGCAACAUUUUAUUGCGAGAACAAUAUAUUUUUGCUUUGAGAAGCAAAUUUAUUAAAGUUUAGAAAAAAAAAAAAAAUAUAUAUAUAUAUAUAUAUAUAUAUAUAUAUAUAUAUAAAAGAAUGAUAAGCUAUGAACAUUUUUCAUUCGAAAGAAGGCUUUUUAAAGUCUGUAUAUGAAUCUCUAGUCAGCAACUUUGGAGCCUGAGGAGCAGAAAGGGGUGCACUCCCAUCCCCAGUUCUUUCUUGUUCUAGACGAAGAGCAUCAGGCACGAUGUUGAACACUGAUUUAUUGCAUAUAAUCAGUCUGCUUCUUUACUUUCUCCCGUACUGAAAGAUGAUGAAGAUUUUCUUCUCUUUCCAGGGGAUCCCAAGUGCAUAAAAAAUGGCCCGAUGUUUUUGAGCGAUAGUGAAAGUGAUUCAGAUGAGGACACAGAGGUGCCUCGCCGGAACAGAAUUCCGUCCCUUAAAGAAGCGCAGUCUAUUAAGAAAUCCCUCAGUUAUAACGGCCCUCCGCCACCAUGCUCUGUGGAAAGAUUUAACGGACCCAGUGUCAUAAGCUUGGAUUCCAAGUCGAGACGAGCAAUGCAGAACUUAUAACGUGUGAAAGGCAAAGCAUUAUAACAGAGAUCUAUUUCUCUUUAAUUUAGCAUGGUCGGCAUGGUUAGAAGUAAACUUUUUCAUAAAAGAACAAAAAGAAAAGAAAACAAAAAAAAGCAUCUUCUAGGGAGCUGAUCGAAGAGGUAUCGAAGAGUUUCAUUAAAUGUACAAGGCCGCCUGAAUCAUUCUUAGCAAACAUCGCAUCCUUAAUAAUAUGACAGGAAUAUUUAUUGUUUGUCUCUGUCGUAAAAUGCCUUUAAAAUGCAGGUCCGUUAUUUUAGAAGGAGACUAUAAGCUUAACUCAUUUACCGCUAUCGUAGAUUUCUCCAAUGUUCAAAUGAGAAAAUGUAAAAGGAGUUUUCUAGGUUCUGCAUGUACUUAGGCACUUGUAAUGGUUAGAUCUUAGCGCAGUCACCUAGUAAGAUCUCAUAUGUUGAUUUCUCAUGCCUCAGUUGUGAUUGAGGGGAAAAGACUUUCGCUGAAGGAUGUCACUUAGUUGCUUUCUGCGCAUUUUUUUAGAUUUUGUAAGCUGUGUUUAGAUCUCAGUGGUGUAAAUAGGAAAUUUUAGACAGUAGGAGGAGAGAGACUGACAAAACCGAGAAGCCCUUGGCAUUGUAUUUAUAAUUUGUAAUUAACCAUGUAAAAC